AAGGAAGGAUAAGUGGAAGGAAGGAAGGAAGGGAGGAAGGGAGGAAGGGAGGAAGGGAGGAAGGGAGGAAGGGAGGGAGGAUAAAUGGAAGGAAUGAAGGAGAAUAGAUUAUCGAAGUUUUCUAUAGCCCAGACUCCUUUACUCAACCGUACCUUCUAGACCUAUCAAAAUGCAAAGCAGAUAAAGGGGUGCAGCUCUAAUUGAAGCCUUGGGGAAAGUGUCUAGGGUCCUGACCACUCACCCACCACCUUGUCCUUUGCAGGGCACCCCAGUGGUGGGGUGUAUUGUGUAAGCAAUGGGGGAACCAAGGAGUUAUUUAUGCAGGAGAGUGACCUGUCUACCAUCUUGUUUUCAGAGGAUGGAGCCAGCUUGGCUAUGGCUGCUGGGAGCAGGGGUCCUGGCCUCUGUCCAUUGCCAGCCCUUUCCUGCACAUGGAGAUAAGAGUCUGGGGGUGUCUCGAGCUCCCAAUGACCAACUGUCAGAGCCAGCUCCAGCCUACCGCAAAAUCACACCCACGAUCACCAAUUUUGCUUUGCGUUUGUAUAAGCAACUUGCAGCAGACAUCCCCAGAAACAUCUUCUUCUCCCCAGUGAGUAUCUCCACCACCCUGGCCCUGCUCUCUCUUGGGGCCCAAGUUAACACCUCAACGCAGAUUCUGGAAGGCCUGGGCUUCAACCUCACAGAGACACCAGAAGCCGACCUCCACCACAGCUUCCAGAGCCUCCUCCACACCCUGGACCUACCCAGCCCCAAAUUUGAACUAAAAGUGGGGAACUCCCUUUUCCUAGACAAGCAACUCAAACCUCAGCAGUGGUUUCUGGACAGCGUCAAGGAGCUAUACGGUGCAUUCGCUUUCUCGGCCAAUUUCUCGGAUUCCACUGGAAUGGCGAGGCAAAUCAAUGAAUACGUGAGAAAGCGAACAUAUGGGCAAGUCCCGGACUGCCUGCAAGAGGUCAACCAAGACACGCUGGUGGUCCUCUUGAAUUACAUCUUCUUCAAAGCCAAGUGGAAGCAUCCUUUCAAUCGCUACCGGACCCAGAAGCAGGAGAGCUUCUUUGUGGAUGAGAGAACCUCUCUCCGGGUCCCCAUGAUGCACCAGAAGGAAAUGCACAGGUUCCUGUAUGACCAGGAGCUGGCUUGCACUGUCCUGCAGAUAGAAUACAGCGGAAACGCGCUGGCCCUGCUGAUCCUUCCUGACCCAGGGAAAAUGAAGCAGGUGGAGGCUGCGUUGCAGCCAGAGACCCUGAGGAAAUGGGACCAACUGCUCCUUCCGAGUCUGCUAGAUUUGCACUUGCCAAGGUUUUCCAUUUCCGGAAUGUAUAACCUGGAAGAGAUACUGCCCCGAAUUGGUCUCAGCAGCCUAUUCAACUUAGAAGCCGACUUCUCAGGAAUCACCGGGCUGCUCAACAAAACCAUCUCCAGGGUGUCACACAAGGCAGUGGUGGACAUGAACGAGAAGGGGACCGAAGCUGGGGCUGCCUCCGGCCUCCUCUCCCAGCCCCAGUCUCUGAACACAACGGCAGCUCCUCAUGCUCGUUUCAACAGGCCUUUUCUGCUGCUCCUUUGGGAUGUGACCACCCAGAGCUUACUCUUCCUGGGAAAAGUAGUCAACCCAGCCGCGGGGUGACUAUGGCGGGAGG